UUCCAUAGUUGUUAUCAUAUUUCUCCUCAUUCUUGGUACUGUCGCCGCCGCCUUUGCCAACUCAAAAACGAAACCAGACGAAACCCUUCUCGAAGGAUUACGACGUAGAGCAAAGGUUGCGAGAUGGCUGGGAGCGAUCGGUUCGCGAGUUGGCCUGUUCUCUCCGACCGGAAGGCCCCAUCGCCUUCCGAAGUUCCGCCUCGCCCCGUCGGAUCACCUCUGCAGGUAGCUGCAUCUGCGCAGAUCGUCACCGCGGGGUCCUUUCACGCACCAGCUAGCUUCCCAACGCUAUGCCUUGGCAUCAAGGUUAUCUUGGGCGCGCGAAGUGCGAGCAAGAAAAGAUAUGAAGCCCUCACCGACAGUUGAUAUCCUCCUUUGGUAGAACUCCCUGCCUGCUGUACCUUCAAUCUUCCGCUUCUUGGACCCAAUCACCUUCCCAUAGGAUACAGGGAUCCAACUGUCUUCCUCUCCUGAUCUGGUAUAGUGUUGCGAGAGUUUUCGUGAUGUCUUCCCCCAAGAAUGGGCGGGUCACACUAGUCUCAUGUGACUGGCGUUAUAUCGGCGGCACGGCGCGAAAAAAUCAGCCUUCCGUAGGCCCCUCGUUGCGCGUCUCGAUUGUCUUUUGAAUACGCUAGGCCGUUAUCG